UGUAGUCAACGUUAUAUUUCACUGUGCCUGUGCGCCACACCCAGGUUAUUUUUAAUCCUUUCGGAUUUCUUCAGAGAGAUAGACUACCCUUUCACAGACAGUGUUUCUUAAUUUAAAGUGUAGUUCUAGGGGAUGCACUCUCCCGAACAUCGAACGGGGCCUCCACAUAUCGACCGAUCAUUUCCAUUACCCCAUUUUCCUAAUCUUGAGAGGAGAUGUUGAGACAGAGCAGCAUGUAUUGAUGCGUACUGCACUGUGCUCGCUGCUUACUCAGCUACAACGACGUGGCGAUGAGAAACGGUUGAAGGCGGACCUUACGGUUCCAAAAAAAAAUCCUUCAUGUAGAUUGUGAGAUAUUGUUGGGACCGUGACACGUCCCCCGUAUCCACGUGUACAUUGUAACUGAUCAUAACAUAAUACACUUUCGACAAUAGCCUAUUGACCGCCCGGCGAUACUGGCUACCUGUCACAAGGAAACGAAAGAAGAUCCCGUUUGCAAGCGGCGCGUGUGCGAAUUGUGUGUUGUGAAAUGUUUGCGGCUGCCCUGGUCCCACUGCUCUUCGCACCGCUCCUCACCCAGGGCGCACCACAGCAGGGACAGGAACCAGAGAGGUCGGUGUCAGCUGUCGUCAAUCCGUUUGGUUCUGCAGAUGAGAGCCGCAGUCUCUUGCAAAGCUAUAUCAAGGCCAGUCUGAAUGACCAGGGGAAUCUGGAGGUCAGCACUCGAGACCAAGAGGUCUUCUUCCUCUUCUCCCUCCAUGACUAUGACAAGAGUGGGCAGCUGGAUGGGCUGGAGCUGAUGAGGCUGCUGGAAGACUUCCUGUCUCACCACUCUCAGGCCCACACGUCCACAGAUGGAGUGGUUGCCAUGGUGGAUUACCUUCUGCAAACUCAGGACCAAAACCAGGACGGCUUGCUGGCUCCCUCUGAGCUUCUCUCGGCACCAGUCUCGGACUCCUUCCCAGCAGCCAUAGAGUCCAAUGCUGCAGCUGACGGGCAGGCUAAUAAGGAGCCCCCGCAGGAGGAGGCUUCAGAAGGAGGCGCUGCACAGAAGGCCGAGUCAGAUGGUCCAGCCGACACUGCCAACGACCAGAAGGAGGCACAAGAGGAGACGCAGCAGCAAGACGGCCAGGAGCAGCAGCAGCUCGGGGAGGAGGUCAGGGCGGAGCAGGGGCAGGAGGCUGUGGAGCAGGAUGGGGAGAAUAGGGAUGCUGUCGGAGGAGGGAUCCAGGACACUGAGCAGGAGGAGGGUACUCAUCACCAACCAGAAGCAGAGGCGGCCGGGGAGCACCAGCAACAGGCAGAGUCACACACUGGAGAUGGACAGAACCAGAACCAUCCGCCCCCCGUGCACCAGGGACAGCCGGAGAUGUGAAGCAGAAGAUGGGGAGGUUCUGUGGAUGCUGCUAACUGUUAACUCAGUGCUUGUGAUCAUGCCAAAGUAGACUGUAGGCACAGGUCAGCCACUGUGUACAUGGUCUUUUAAGAUGCCAAGUGACUCAGAAAGAGUUUCUCUUGCUUGGAGCAAGUUUUUUAAAAUGGAUUUUCAAAGGGACAAUGCAACAGAAAGAAAAUGGGAUAAUUACUUGAUUUCUUUGAUUGCUUUAUUUUUAAUUCAGGAUUAAUAUAUUUGAAAAGCUGUCCACUUAAUUGUAGAAAUAUUGGAUAAAAUGUUGACAAAUAGUUGCACUUUAAAAACACGCUCACACUUUUAUACCACUUCCAAUGUAUUUGCAUCUUGAAUAACUAUGCAUCGCAGACAAAAGGUCUGCACGUGUGACCGUCUAAGGCUCUAAGCCCUUUGCCAUAGAUGGUAGGUUUAUUAUUACCUAUGUAUAAUUUGCUUUUGGAGCUGUGGCAUGCAUUCCCCUUCAAAACUUCAACACUUGCAGCUUUGCGGUAUUGAUUGCAUUUUCGGAAUCAUUUUAUGGACUUUUAUUAUGGAUGUUUUUGACCAAAUGUGUAAAAGAUCUGUCUUGUUAAACUUGUACAUGUCUAAGUGUAAUAAUGAAAACCAUUAGAUCCAAAAAUUAGUAACUGAUACAAUGGUCACGCAAACCCUCAAUUAAAUCCAAUGUCAUCUGUCUAACAUUGCAAUGCACAAACAUUUCUACAACUGUGUUACAUUGCUUUUCAGUCACAUGGUGGUGAAUUCAACAGUCCCUUUAUGUGUACAACUAGACAUAUGGUCAUUGAGUUGAAAUGGGUUCAAAACAUUGAGCAGUGCAUUGGCAGCUUUGAGGAAAAAAAACACAGCAAGCAAAUAGAUGUAUUAAUUUUUAUUUCAAUGGAGCGUCACAGAUGAUAUCGCAGGAUGAAAAGCCCACACCCACUGGGCUAUUGGCCUUUACUACUGAAGCAGUGCACACAUACAAACAUG